AAGCAUAUAUCUUGGAAUACAUCACAGAAAUAGAAGAUGACGAAACCAAAGAAAAGAUUAAAAAUAUGCCAGAAAGCAGAGCCCAAAAUACUGAUUUACACAAGACAACAGAAGCACAAAAAAUUUCAAAAACCUAG